GGUGCUAUUUCACCUCUGUUUGUUUUUCUUCUUCACCAAUCAUCUUUUUCUUAUACUCUGAAUGCCCAAAUAAUAUCAAAUUUGCCUUCAUAUACUCCUCCUCUCCGGCCUCCAUAUUCGCUUCUCUUUCUAUUGUGUUCAAUUAUUCCAUCCAUGGCAGAAAGCAAUCAAGACCAUAAGCUCCACAUAGCGAUGUUUCCAUGGCUAGCCUUCGGUCAUAUAAUCCCAUACCUAGAGCUCGCAAAGCUUUUAGCUGGAAAGGGUCACAAGAUCUCCUUCAUUUCUACUCCCAGAAACAUCGAUCGCCUUCCAAAACUCCCUUCAAACAUAGCUCCUUACAUCGACUUCAUCGCGCUUCCUCUGCCGCACGUCCACAACCUCCCUCCAAACGCAGAGGCCACCUCUGAUCUCCCAUCCGACACCGUUGUUUACCUCAAGCUAGCCUACGAUUUGCUGCAAGAACCCGUAACAGAAUUCCUCAAAAUCCAGAGCCCCAAUUGGGUUCUCUUCGAUUUCACUGCCUAUUGGAUCGCCCCGAUUGCGAGCGAACUGGGGAUUCGCAGUUCUUUUUUCAGUAUAAUGAUAGCUUCAACGCUUUGUAUCGCAAAGCCAACAUCACCGUCCGUUGAUAUCCAAGACCAUCGCUUGAGACCCGAAGAUUUCACUGUUCCGCCGAUGUGGGUCCCUUUUGCGACUAAAACAGUGUCGUUCCGACUCUUUGAAGCGUUGAAGAUCUUUGAAGGUGCAUUGACGGCCGAUGACCGACACGUUUCGGACUUGUUUCGCCACGAAACCGCUAUUCGAUUCUGUGACUCCAUAAUUGUCAGAGGCUGUCUUGACUUCGACGGGAAAUGGCUACACCUACUGGAGGAAAUCCACGGGAAACCGGUUUUCCCUGCUGGUCAGUUACCCACGACAGAGUAUGAUUCGGGAGGUGAUGGGGACACAUGGCGGUGGAUCAAAGAAUGGUUAGACAAGAAACAGAGAGGGUCUGUAGUGUAUGUGGCAUUUGGUAGUGAAGCGAAACCGAGGCAAGACGAACUUACCGAGUUAGCACUCGGGUUAGAGCAAUCCGGGCUACCAUUUUUCUGGGCGUUGAAGACCCGUCGCGGAGAAGUGGACACUGAGUUGCUCGAGUUACCAGAUGCGUUCGAGGAACGAACAAGAGGACGUGGAGUGGUGUACACGAGUUGGGUUCCUCAACUUAAGAUACUGAGCCAUGACUCAGUGGGCGGGAUGCUGACUCACUCGGGUUGGAGUUCAGUAGUGGAGGCAUUUCACUUCCAGAGACCUCUUAUUCUACUGACAUGCUAUGCCGAUCAAGGCUCUAAUGCAAGGCUUUUAGAGGAGAAGGAGCUUGCGUAUUCUAUACCAAGAAAUGAAGUUGACGGAUCAUUCACAAGGAACUCGGUUGCCGAGUCACUGGUUUUGGUAAUAGUGAAAGAAGGGAAGUUCUACAGAGAGCGCGCGAAGGAGAUGAGUAAGUUGUUUGGAGACAAGGAUAGGCAAAACCGUUACGUGGAUAAUUUCCUGGAUUACGUUAAAACCCACCACUAACGUCCCUCAAGGUGCCAAUAAUGAGUGAAUUUCCUAUUGAGUAGUCUUAUGGAUCGAGUGUUUUAUUGCCACAGUUAUCUCAAAUUCAUAUGAAUUAUGUUGGGAUAGCUAAGACAAAAAAAACACUAAAAUACUUCGCAUUUUUCUUUCUUAUUUUUAAAUGUUUGUUGUUGUGGAGUAAUAAUGAUUGGUGUGGUUUAACAAUGUGUU